AGUUGGAGAUGGGUUUGACGGUACUUGUCAAGUGACGUCAUGAUGUCGGGAGGUGGAGAGGCGUCGGAGAGUUUCGCCUGGUUGUCAUUCCCCUAAGGAAAAAAAAAAAAAGAGGGUGUGAGCAAAAUCUACCUGGCUACCGUCACCUGGCGCCUACAGUGUACAUGUUAGUUGUCGAUCUUCAAUUGUACGAAGACGCGCAACGCUGGCUUCGCUCAGGAGUAAGACGGAGAAGGCUUUACAGGAUGCCAAAAAGAUCCUGACUCGCAGCACCAGGAUGAGCGUGACGUCGUGGUUUCUCGUCAGCAGCUCAGGCACGCGCCACCGGUUGCCACGGGAGAUGAUCUUUGUUGGUCGGGAUGACUGCGAGCUCAUGCUGCAGUCUCGAAGUGUGGACAAACAGCACGCUGUGAUCAACUACGACCCAAACGCAGAUGAGCACAUGGUGAAGGAUCUGGGUAGCUUGAACGGGACGUUCGUGAAUGACCUUAGAAUUCCGGACCAGACGUACAUCACCCUCAAGCUUUCCGAUGUCAUUCGCUUUGGUUAUGAUGCUCACGUAUACAUCCUGGAGAAGAGUCAACAUAAGGUGCCAGAGGAGGCUCUUAAGCAUGAGAAGUACACCAGCCAGUUGCAGCUCGGUCUCAAAGCCCUCGAGGCCCGCGUGAAGGACAAGCAGCAGGCUCACAGCCCGGAGAAGAGCAAAGAGGCUGUUUCCAAUGCCAAGCUACCUCAGAAGGGCGAACGUAAAGCGCUUUCGCUUACAGCUUCUACAGAUAAACCGAUCUCCAAGCCAACUCCUCUUUAUGGCCAACCAUCCUGGUGGGGAGAAGAUGAGGAUCCAGCCACUAAAAUCCACAACCGAAGCGGAAAAGCCACCGACCUUCAGACUUCAGAAUCUGUCCAAGAAGUUUCCAGAUAUGCGCUCGGCGGUUCUUUGUCUGAGAAACAGGCCAAGUCCAUCUUCUCCUACCGCCAGGAGCCCAGCUACUUCGAGAUUCCCAGAAAAGAGUUCCAGCAGCGGCUUUCCAAGAAACCAGAGUUGCAACUUCAGGAGGUUCCAACAAAGGACACUCAAGAUCCCUCUGACCAUGUCCCAUCCACCCCCACUCCUCCCGUGGUCCAAAGCCAUGCCUCCUUCACUAUCGAAUUUGACGAAUGCACCCCAGGCAAAAUGAAGAUCAAGGACCAUGUCACUAAGUUCUCCUUCCGUCAGCAGCGGAAGCCUCCUGCCGCUGAGGCUGUGACCACACCCACCGAGGUGAUGUCAGCUGAAAGUAAGGUUGCUGACUGGCUGGUUCAAAGCACCGCGGACAUGACGAGGAGAAGGUCACAGGGCGAAAACAUCUUCAGCGACAUCAGUGAUCCGUCACUUCUGAUGACGACCAAGGCAAACCACUAUGAAAAUGUCGCUGACAUUGGUUCGGAAGAUCCCACGAUCAAUGAGCAGACUUUGCUCCAGUCACAAACUCUAACGGGCUACCCCCAGAGUUCACCUCGGCCACAGAGAGCCUCCCCUCCUCAGCGCUUCACUGACUCAGAGCAGCCAUCCUCCUACUCUCCUCCACAGUCUCAAUCCGGCACUGGCAAGGCAGAUCCUCACCGAGCAUUUGUCAUCGAAUUUUAUGACGAUCAUUCCGAUGAUAACCCCCGAAGGAAACGUUCCCAGACCACCCCGUCGGAACCUUCGAAUCUCAGGAGCCAGCUUGAAAAGGCCAGAAAAAGCACAAGUCCGGCUGGUGAGAAGCAAGUCCAGCCUGCAGCCUGUAGCACUCCCCCAUCCCAACGGUACACGAUUCCCCUCAAAGGCCCCGCUUCCACUGGUUCUCAGAGACCUGGCUCCCUACGACGGGAAAAAACAGAAGAACGACUUAGCACUGGUUUUUCAUCACGGUCAUCAUCCGCCAUUUCCGGAAGGGCUUUUAGCAGUGUGGGCCGACGAUCCAAAUUGGCAAAGGAAUUUAAAGCGGAAUGGCUCAAACAGACGAAGCAGACGUCUUCUUCCAGCGAGGAGAUAAAAACAUUUAGUCCACCGACAAAACCUGAAACUGAAACAUCAGAAGUCUCACAGCCUGACCAGACUCUCACCAGCCCUGAUGGGGUCGAUCCUUCCCUUCUACCCAAGACAUCCUCUCCGAUCCACCAACCAGUUCCCCUCAAGGUGCCGAAGAUGCCUCUCGUGUGUCAGAGCGGAGAGGCCAAGGUGACCCACGGCGGCCCUAGAAAUGUAGAAGAGGACACGUUGAGUGACGCGGGAACCUACACCAUUGAAGCGGAUGACCCGGAUAAGGAGCUCGAAGAGGCCCGCAACAAGAUUGACAAGGUGUUUGGUGUUGUUGAGAAUCCAGACGGAACCAAUCACAGUGAAGCAGAUACAUCAGCAACAUUUAGGCCUCUUAUUAUUGAGGGCAGGGAGCUGCAUAGGCAGAGUAACAGUGAGAAGGUUGAGACGGCAGGUGCAUUGAUACAGGGGGCUCCAAAAUGGAUGUCUUGCUGGGCGAGCUUGGUCGACGUGGAGACUGGCCCUUCGUCUGGCCACUUUGAUAGGUCGUCCCGGAUGGAGCUGUCGGGAGGCGACGUUAACAACUGUUUGACUGUAGCAAGGACCACAAUCACGUGCAAACUCGUCCAAAAUAACGACUUCGGCUCCGAAGGCCCGAGAGCCCGACGUAUCCUGGGGGAGAAGAGUGAUGUUCCAGUUCCCAGCAUUCAAAUCCAACAUGAUCCCCAUUCAACGUUUAAUGUGGAGGAAAGCAGCUCGGUGGCCGCCAGCUCUCACGAUGGCGUUCAGAGAUUGUCAGUGCAGGAUGACGUGGAGCCCGAUAGUCUGAGUGAUGCCAGCAAGUCUGACGAUGGUUCCGUCGUAGAACAGCGGAGGAGGCCGCCGUCAAACACAGAAAAGACAACAAAUGAAGAUGAGGUCAGACAGUCUGACAAAUCAAAAACGUUCCACAAAGAGUUAGAGGACGACACCCCCGAAACAGAAUACGGAGCCUCACAACUCCCCGACAACACUAUUGAAAAAACGGAGAAAAAACGGUCACCCAAAACCUUUUCAACAGCUACUUUGACCAAGCGUAGAGGGAGCCAGGAGUCAGGCAAAGCCAGGCCCACCAUGUCUGCUUCGAUUCUGGUCCAAGACACACCGAGCUCUGAGUCCAAGGACACCUCGGCGUCCUCCUUUGUCAGACAAGAGAGCUUCACCAAGGAGGAGCCGAGCAGCGCCAGACUGCCCAACAUCUCUUCUCUCGGAGACCCUGAGCCCGACUCAUUCCAGCGAACCUGCAGCCAGGACACCCGUUCUUACCUCAAGGAGACUGAGGAUGUCCUGGCUGUUCUGGAGGCCAAGAUCCAAGCGGGCCAGUCCGAAACGACCCCAUCUCCCAUUCCAGACUCCCUCUCUGGGGAAUCUGAUUUGGACUCCUCGAGUACGCUCAGCCAGCAGAGCAGUCGACUCAGGUGCAACCCGCUGACUAAAAAACCUCCGCUGAGUGGUCUCCAAAGGGAGACCUCGUCACCUAGUUUAUCUAGUCACUACUCAACCCAUCGACUAGAAAAGAGCGAGCCCCUCAGGAGACCAACCGGACUAAGGCGUAGUAUUGGCAAAUCUGGCUCAGUGGACUUGAGUGAUGACCUUCAGAGCUCCAACGUUAAGAGUUCAAGGGCGACGCAAAAUUUUAGCCGCGUCAGUAGCUUUUCAGCACCGAGACCCACCCGGGCAUCUAUGCUCCGGCGAGCACGCCUCGGUGAAGCCUCUGACAACGAGACCACAGAGACGGACCGACUCUCCAAGGAGGCGGCUAAUGUCCCCACUAAGGAAACCAAAAAACUCUCCAGGUGGGAUAUGCUGGCCAUGCCUCGCCGGCGGACAAGCUCCUUCCACACACCCAGUGACACGGAGAACUCCUCCGCCCCGCAGUGGGCGGGAAAGAGCGCAGCGUUCCCAAGCCGUAAUACAGAAUCUGGCAGCAUCUCAGGUUACAAGGCAUCUUCUCUCGGACCAAAACCUGGCGAAAAGCCACUGAAAACCUCCCUCGCAAAAACACCCAUCACUCGCGGACGCUCCAGCAGUGCCAAAUAUGCCAGCAGCACAGCAAGCUCCCGGAGACGACAGAAAGGUUGUGGCUAUACCUCCACGUCAGAUGAGGAGUACGACUCCAAUCAAAACACUCCUAAACACAAACGCUCCCAACCUUCCUCAGCCUCCCACAGUCCGCACCGCAUUGCUCGGUCCCGCCCGAUGCUCCCGCUGCGUCCCAACCCCUGCAACAAGGAUUCUGAGGAGAACCAGGAUGGGGAGAGCUUGAGCAACUGGUCCACCCACAGUGCCGAGAUUGCACGCUUGAGUCAAGACCUUGCCAAAGAUCUUGCCAUCUUGGCCCGAGAGAUUCACGACGUUACAGGAGAAGGUGGCCCGCCGAAUUUGACGGCGGAGAGAAGCGUACCCGUUUCUGCAGUGACGGCUCACGAAAAGCUUGUUCAGCGUAUACCAGAGAUGGGGUUGAACUAUCAGAGAGUCCCGCCAAGUUCUUCUUCAACAGCAGAACCUUACCUUCACUCAAGUGACCCGGAUCUGAACUCCACUCUGCAACCUCACAGCAGAGAGGAGGUCACAGUGGAGGAUCCCAUGCUGAACCCGGUGUUGCAGGUCAUCAUGGCCAUCAGAGAGAACACGGAGCAGCUUUCUGAGAAGAUCAAGGCGCUCUUUUAUGACAGGAUGGAUCUUUGGGAACAAAUAGAGGCUGAAGUUAAUACGGACAGUGAUGGACUUGUUGUCAAAGCAUCCAACAAGGAUAUUACAUCUAUUUUGAAAGAACUAAGGAGAGUCCAAAGACAAGUUGAGAUCAUCAAUACAGUCAUGGGGCCCAGUUGGCAGCCGUACGACAAUAUUGAAACGCCACACAGAUGUUGA